GGGACAGAACGGAAGUGUUGGCAGGGAGCGCCGCGGGCCGGGUGCAGGUGAGUGGUGCCCGGGGCCGGCUCGCGCAUUGGGGCCUUAGCGGCUACGUGGGCCUCGGGGCCGCUUCUCGGGUCUGUCUUCGCCUCAGGCGCUCUGCGGCCCCGCCGGACCAAUGUCCCGACCGCCCUGGACGCUGGCUGCUGCAGGGUCCCGCUCUAACAGCCCUCUUUCGCUGCACUGUUAGGGGCCUGGCUUAGGCCUAGAGGCGUCAGGGCACUUCACCUCCUCAGCUUAGUAAUAGCAGGUGUUGUUACAGGCCUACUUGGAGCCAUGCCGUGUGAUGCUUUCACUGGCUGAUAACCUAGGGCAGAGAAACCGUGCCUUGCUCUGGACAACUGGGCUGCCUCGGUGAGGCUGAGGUGUGGCUGCUUCUCACUUUAGUUCUGCAUGUCAGCCAGCGAGGUCUGAUAUAUAAACCAGAAAUACAUUGACUGGGGGGCACCGAUAUGAUAGCAGGACCCAAACCUGAUUUCUUUUGUAAAAGAUUGCAAACUUGGAUGUGGAAUGCAAGCUUGAGAAUGGGGAUAAAAACUAGAAGAGGGGAGAUUUAGAUUGGAUGUUAGGAGGAAGGUUUUUACGGCAAGAGUGGUGAGGCACUGGAACAGGUUACCCAGAGAGGUGGUGGGUGCCCCAUCCCUGGAGACAUUAAUGGUCACAGUGGGCCAGGCUCUGAGCACUCUGAUGUAGCUGUAGGUGUCCCUGUUCAUUGCAGAGGAGUUGGACUAGAUGGCCUUUAAGGGUCUCUUCCAACUCAAAUGAUUCUGUGACAAAAAUAUGACAACGUUUAGAAAUUGGCAGAAUUCUUGGAUGAAUCUUUGUUUUUACAUAUAGUUGCUACUUUCCUUCUUUAACCCUUUCAGAUUCAUGGCUGUUGUUGUGAUUUAAAUUAUUCCCAUGGGCUGUAGAGCUCUACUGCUGCAGAAGAAAAAAGUACAUUGUAAAUUCAGAGGAUCUAAAGAAAAUAAAAAUUGGUAUGAUAGUGGCUUAUAUCAAGUAAGUGCAUUUUUCUGUAGCCUGGUGGCAACUGUCAAAGUUCUUUUGCUGAAGUGUAGUAGCAUUUAGCUCUAAACAAAGCUAUGCCUGAUUCUUAUGUUGACUUACAUCUGCUGAGGCUAGUGGCAGAGAUGGAUAAUGUGCCUCAGGAGCUUAAAUACCGCUUCAGGAGAACCAGAGAUAUUCUACAUCUUCGUGUUUUUUAAACAUCAGUCAGAACUGCGGUGACAUCCCAGGUGUUUUUGCUAUGUUUUGAGGCAAGGUAGCAGCAUGCUCCAGUCCUAUCCUGCUCUGAAGUUGCCCCUCACUGGUUCCAUGUGAACAGCAAACAGGAUUAGCCUGCAAAAACAAGAAGACAUGAUGUUCUCAAGACCAAAGCCUGGGGAGUCCGAGGCAGACUUGAUACACUUUCAAAACCAGUUCCUGGCAGCCAGAGCUUCACCUGCAGUGAAGAUUGUGAAGAAAGCAGACAAGAGGAAGGGAGAGGAAAGGAGCACAGAUGCUGAGAGACCCCAGCUACAGGACAGCAAGGAUGUGGUCAUGCUGGACGAUUUUCCUGAUGUUCUCCCUGCUCUAACUCCUGGUCCUCCAAAAAAGUCCAAAAUCAAAAGUGCUUGUGUCCACUUCAGUGAUGAAGAUCCAGAGGAGAGACUAGAGAAUCAUGAUCAGCAUAUUACAGCAGUCUUCAGCAAAAUCAUUGAACGAGACACAAGUGCAGAAGCAGUGACCAUGCCAGUGCCCACUGGAGAUCCAUUUCCGAGGAUAUUUCAUCGUUCUGAGAUAAAAAGUGAGGUGAAGGUGGGAUCUGGAAGAAAAAGCAUCUUCGCACAAAAGAUGGCAGCAAGAAGAGCUGCUGAAAAGCCAGCAACAGCUCCCUCUGCUGAGUGCACUCAAAUAGCAUCAGCUCCUCUGGACAUUCUGAAUCCUGAGGGAUCAGCAGAAGAGGUACCACGCUCCAGCAACAGGGAUAAUAAAGCUGAUGACAUUUUCACCUCUCAGCGGCCUUGUAUCAUAACGGGAGAGGGUCUUGGAAGCCAAAAGAGUGAGCAGGAAGCUCAGGCUAUCCACAAAGAGAAUUUAGAGAAGCUGCAGUCCAUGUCCCAGGAAGAGAUCCUGAAGGAGCAGGAAAGGCUUCUGGCUCAGCUAGAUCCCAGUUUAGUUGCUUUCUUGAAGUCACGACGCAGUGGUAACGUAGACCAGAAAAAUGAAAUAAAAAUGGAACAGAACAGACCGGAGGAGUUUGUGGAAUCUCUGACUGUGCCACAGUGUGCUGUAGGAAUGUCACUUUCCAUGCAGGAGUCAGGUCUGGAAGAAUCUGUAAGGAGGGAUGAAAGUACGAAAAUGGAAAUCACAGAUGAUGAUCUGCCUGUGAAGCCAAGGAAAGAAUGGAUUCACAUGGACAAUGUGGAGUUUGAGAAGCUGGAGUGGAUGAAAGAUUUGCCUCCGCCCCGGCAGAAGAAAACUAAAAAGGGAAUGCAAGCUCGAUUCAGUUUAAAGGGAGACUUGAUUCCUGCAGACGCUGAUUUGCCUACUCAUCUAGGUCUGCAUCACCAUGGAGAAGAAGCAGAGAGGGCUGGUUAUUCUCUCCAAGAGCUCUUUCAUUUGUCUCGCAGCCAACUUAUUCAGCAGAGGACACUGGCCCUACAGGUCUUGGGUCGUAUUGUUCAAAAGGCCAGGGCUGGAGAGUUUGCUUCCUCCUUGAAGGGCAGUGUUCUGCGUCUGCUUCUCGAUGCUGGAUUUCUCUUCUUGCUGCGCUUCUCUCUGGAUGAUGCUGUGGAUAAUGUCAUGGCAGCAUCUGUUGGUGCUCUCCGAGCUCUGCUGGUGUCAUCUGAUGAUGAGAAAUAUCUUGAUUGGACUUUCUCAUGGUACCAAGGGAUGGCUGCAUUCCCAUUUGUCCCCAACAAUGAGGAAGAAGAAGAGGAAGAAGAAGAAGAAGAAGAAGAAUUAACUGGAGCAGAGAAGUCUCAGAAUAAAAAACAGACGGAUGAAAACAAGCCAGAUGCAGAUGUAGCCCGUUAUGACGCUGUAAAGGGACUUCUGAAGACACGGAUUCAGCACCGGCUGAGGUAUAUCCUUGAGGUGGUACGACCUGUUCCAACAGUUGUCCUGGAUAUCCUGCACAUCCUUACCCACAUAGCAAGGCACUCCUCUGAAGCAUGCAUCCAGCUGCUUGACUGUCCUCGGCUGAUUGACACCAUUGUCAGGGAAUUUCUCCCUACUCGAUGGGAUCCUCAUGUGGCUGAACCAGGAUGUUUACUCACCAGUCUCCAUGGAGUUGCUUGUGCUGCUGCUAUGAAGUUCAUCAGAGUAUUGGCAUCUGGAGGCAGAAAUGCAACAGCCAGGCUGCUUAACAAGUUUGAAAUGAAGAGCCGGUUAAUUCGAUUUACAGCUGAAGAUCCGCAGGAUCUGCUUCUGCCAAGGGAAGAGGCCAUCAGACUGAGCACUGAAGCCUUCCGGCUGUGGGCAGUGGCUGCUGGUUACGGUCAGGCCUGUGACCUCUACCGGGAUCUCUAUCCUGUGCUGGUGAGGAUUCUGCAGUCCCUGCCUGAGUUGCUCAGCACUAGCCAUGAGAAGAACCCCAUGUUUGAGUUAUCUGUCCAGAGAGCUGCAGCAGUGGUUACUCUGCUGGUACAUGUGACACAAACUGCAGGCUACGCAGUGGAGCUGCAUGCCAAGCUAAGCAGCUGUGAAGACGGUGAACAGAUUCCACCUCCUCCCAUAACAUGGAAUCAAGUGUCAGGCUUACAGCCCUUUUUGGAGACCAGCAUGAAAAAAUUCCUGCAGGUGAUAUCUUGGACAGAAACUUGGCAAAUUCUUCAGCCUUUGACCACAACUUACAUGAUCUACCUGGGAGUUUAUUACAGUGCUUGCAGUCAACAGCCAUCAGUCAAUCCAGUUGACUUCUUAGAGGAAUUGGAACGUUUGACAUCUGAGGUGCUGCAGCCCCUGCUCAGCCAGCCAGCCAUGCACAGCAUGUGGGAUUUGCUCAGGCCAUGUUCUGCUCUUUGCAACCCUCUGUCCUGUUCCCCAGCACCUGAAUCUGUCUUCAGCAUUGUAUCUUUGAGUUGUACUGGAGGCAAACCUCCUCUGAGCCUAGUUGGCUCCAAGUCACCUUUCCCUUUCCUCACUGCCCUCCUAUUUCUCAUCGAUAGCAUCACCCAUAUUCACAAAGGACUAAUCAGCAAGUACAGCUCUGUGCUGAGCAUUGAAGGCCUGAAGGAUUAUCUGCAUCAAAGCUGGCAGACUGCACCCCCCUCUGUGACUCCUGCAUCUGCGUGGAUGCUGCGCCAUGAAUAUCAUCUGCAGUACUUCGCUUUAGUACUGGCUAGGAAAAUGGCAGGCACUUGUCCGGAUUACAGCCGUCAUGCCUCGCUCCAUCACUGUGUUGCCAUGGCAUUGCUGAGCCGUCUGUUGCCAGGGAGUGAGCAUCUGGCUUAUGAGAUCCUGCUGGAUCUUGCUUUUAAUCCAGAGUUUCUUCCCGAAGGGAAAACUGGAGGGCCAGAAGCAGCUGACUUUUCAGAUAUCUUGCAUCUGGGUACCAGCGCCAAACUGUCGCAGCCUGGCUCUGCAGCAGUGUCUUCUUCAAAGCCUACUCGUGGUGCCCUGCUGAGAGAAUCAUACCAGAAUCUUCCUGCCAUCCGCUCCUGCUACCUCUCUCAUUUUGUUCACUUGCAGCCUGCCCUUGUGCGUUCCCAAGCAUCCUACCAAGGACGUAAUUACCUCAUCCAAUCGAUGCUGCUUCCUGAAGUCAGAGGGCCCAUCCUGCCUUCAGACUGGCCGUUCUUUCCACUUAUCAGCCUCUACAACAAAGUCACUAAUGCAGAGACGCGUGGGGCUGUGCUGAACUCUCUUCCACUUGAUCUAGUCAACACUGUGACCUGGAACCUUCAGUGGGUCUUGUUGCUGGAAAGCUGGCGUCCUAAGACCCUUCAGAGCAUCCCUAUUGCUGCCAAACUUGCACGACUUAUGUGCAUCUUCCUCACAGGUGGUGACCUCUUCCUAGAAGCACCAAUCCACUGUUACACGGCUGCACUUCUUUCUGUGUAUUGCCAGCCCAAGGCUUUGGACUCCCUGAACUUGGAUGCUCCACUCCCUGGUUUGGCGUCCUUCCAUGAUCUCUACAUAAGUCUGCUGGAGCAGUUUGAAGGUGUCUCCUUUGGAGAUCCACUCUUUGGAGUCUUUGUUCUUCUACCUCUGCAGAAGCGUUUCAGUGUUCAUCUGCGUCUUUCUGUUUUUGGAGAGCACACAAGUAUCCUGCGGGCACUGGGUGUGCCACUCCAGCAGUUUCCUGUGCCUCUCGAGCGAUACACUUCCCCUCCUGAGGAUAACUUGAAUCUCCUGCGACAUUACUUCCGAACACUGGUCACGGGUGCGCUGCGCAACACCUGGUGCCCUGUUCUUUAUGUGGUGGCCGUGGCUCAUGUGAACAGCUUUAUUUUCUCCCAAGACAGCACAACUCAGGAGGCUGAUGCUGCUCGGAAAAGCAUGCUGCGAAAGACAUGGCUCUUGGUGGAUGAGACCUUGAAAAAGCACCUUCUCUACUACAGACUGCUGAAUGCAGAGAGCCCUUUGGGCUUUGACCUUUAUGAGCAACUCCCUCCUAUACGACUGAAGUACCUGCAGAUGGUGACACAAAAAGAAAAUAAGGAGAAUGCACCAGUGCUUGUCUCAUAGCCAGACACUUGUAGAAGAGGACAGCUGGGGGGAAGAACAGAAGAAAAUUAUGCUUCGCUGAUGAAAAUAUGCACAUUUCAGAUUGUUAGUGUCUGUCUUAGACACUCUUGGUAUCACUGCAAAGUGAAGCACUGAUAGAGUGCUCCCAGCCCUACUGCACAGCGCAGAUCUUCUCAAGAUAUGGCAGUAUGUGUAUGUGGUCUCUUUAUUAUGAAUGCUAGAGCAUUUUUCCAGGGUUCUCUUUCAGAUUGUUCUGCUUCAUCCUGGAGGAGUUGAGAUUGUGUCUAAAAGGCACUGGACUGAUGAAUAAACGAAAAGAACUGGGAAAAAAACCCAACAUUUCAUUAAUUCCAGCGGGAGGUUGUGAAUUCUCAUGAUGAUGUCUGUCUUCCCCAGAUCUUUCCUUUGACUUUUUGUGUCCUGAAUUUUGGGUGGUUCAUUUCCCCCGCAGCUCCCAGCAAAUAUAACGACAACAUAGGAGGAAGAAACUGAUUCUGAGGGCUUUUUUUUAAAUUUUUUUUUUUAAUUUUGGUUCUCUGGGAUCUUUCUUGAGGAUUGUAUUCUGUGCACGUUACCAGUCACAAAUUAAUUACGUCAUUCCUCUGACAAACAACAGGUCCUGAUGCAGUGGUAUAAACACUAGUCAUUCUACCUUCGUUGUCUUUUGGAUAGCCCCUAAACUGCUUUCUUUUCCCCCUUAUUUAGUUAUGCAUAUAACAAGAUCAGAAAUAAUUUUGUUGUAGGCAGAAUAUUAAUCACUCCCCAUUAGAGGAAAAAAAAUCCAAUUGUUUAACUAAAAGGUGCAUUGUUUACCUUCUAAGGAAAGGGGAAUGUAAUUUAAAUUCUGAAGCAGAGUUCCUGAGUUUAGAUCUAUUUUUUUUUUCUUAAUAAAACUUAUUUGAUCCCAGUUUUACAUCCAAACUCAGUACUGCAGCCUCAAACAUGAGGGCUACAAAUGUAGUGCCCUAAAAGGCUCAUCGCAUGUGCCAGGUCAAGCCCAGAAUUUACUCUUUAAGUGUAAUCUCAGUGAAGAGGAUGUUUCAUUUAUAUCCGGUUGUUCUUGCAGAACUACAAUCAGUCCGGCAGGCUUUUGUUUGGAGAACUUCUAUGAACAAAGCUUGUUAUUUCUUUUCUGUUGUUAUUAUUAAUAAAUUCCUCUGGGAGGUGCAUGGUGAUGCCUAGCCUUAAGACUUCAGAUUCCUUCUACUUACCAGACAGUUUUCUAAUUCUACCAAUACCUCCUUAGGUUAGAAGAUAAGUUUCACCUGUUUUGUCCCCUUAUUUCAGAUAGGACAUGGGUGGAAUUGAUGUGUCAUUUUCAUUUUUUCUUUUUUCAUUAUUGCUAUCUUUUCUAUUACAGCUUUUGGUCUGCUGAGGUUAAUAGCAUGUAAUAUAAUAAAGCAGCAAGUGGUCAACUGUGACUUUUAAUGUUAAAUUAUUUUAAAAAUAUUUGAUGUGAUUAAAAGUUCAAUUGAAGGCAUGCAAGUUUUUAUUUUAGAUGGUUAAAGUCCGAGCAGCUGUCUUUGGAGAGUAACACACAGUAAAAUGUAAGGACUCCUAGAUGCCCACUUAAGAACUGCCCUCAGUAAGGACUUCAUCUUUUGCUCUUCUGAUCUCCAGUUUUAAAAACCUCUUCCAGAUCUUUGUGUGAUAUGAAGUUGAGUUUUGACGUGUAUAUGGGUGUAAAUAAACAUUUUGAUAGUUCUGUA